CUGCCCUUUCCAAGAGGGAGAUAGUAUGAUUAAGUUCCAGGAAGCAGUGACGUUCAAGGAUGUGGCUGUGGUCUUUACUGAAGAGGAGCUGGCACUACUGGACAAGACCCAGAUAAGCCUGUACCAAGAUGUGAUGCUGGAGAACUUCAGGAACCUCGUCUCAGUGGGAGAUGGGAUUAAAAGCACCAUUUCAAAUCUUCAGGAGAAAGGAUUGAGUUAUCUCUCACAAGAAGUGCUCUACUGCUGGCAGAUUUGGAAACAAAGAAUCAGUGACUUAACUGAGAGUCAGGAUUAUGUCGUAAAUCGUCAAGGAGAUUAUCCCCAAUUUUUAGAAAAAGAUGUCUCCUGUGAAAAGUGGGCAGGAGUGUCUCUUCAGAUUUUGGAAAAUGAAAACUAUGUGGUAAAUGCCAUUAAUUUAGAAAAUCCAACAGCUUGGAAAAGCCUGACACAGGUCCUGACCCCAGAAUCUUGGAGAAAAACCAGCCUAAUGACUGAGCCCCAGAAUUCUCAGGGAAGGUGUAAGGGAAUUCAUGCAGAAACGAAAGUAUAUGGAUGCGAUCGGUGUGCCGAGAGCUUCGAUUGGGCCUCACAUAGUCAUGACGAUUCCCAAGAAUGUAAAGGAGAGGAACGUUGUAGAUGCAGCGACUUUGGGGAGAAGUUAGUUAUGAAAACAGUUGGACAAUAUAAGGUAGUCCAUACAGUACCAAAACCGUUCAAAUGUAAUCACUGUGGAAUGGGCUUCAUGGAUGAUUUAAAUCCUUACACACAUCACAGCGCUCACAUAGGAGAAAAAGCUUACAAAUGUGACCAGUGUGGAAAGGACUUAAGUCAGAGCUCAGAUCUUGUUCCUGAUAAAACCCAUUCAGGCAGGAAAUCUUACGACUGUCAUGAGUGGGCCAAGGGCUGCAAACAGAGCUCAUACCUUCCCAGACAUCCAAAAGUCCCCUUAGGAGACAAACCCUAUAAAUGUGAUGAAUGUGGUAAGGGCUUUAGGCGGACCUCCUCUCUGCACAACCAUCACCGAAUCCAUACAGGAGAGAUGCCCUACAAAUGUGAUAUGUGUGGUAAAGGGUUCGGAUUCAGGUCACUGCUUUGGAUUCAUCAGGGAGCGCACACAGGGAAAAAACCCUAUAAGUGUGAAGAGUGUGGGAAGGCCUUUGAUCAGAGCUCUAAUCUUCUUGUCCAUCAGAGGGUGCACACUGGCGAGAAACCCUACAAAUGCAGUGAAUGUGGCAAGUGCUUUAGUUCCAGCUCCGUUCUUCAGGUCCACCGGCGGCUGCACACGGGAGAGAAACCGUAUAGGUGUAAUGAGUGUGGAAAGACCUUUAGCCAAAGCACACACCUUCAUAUUCACCAGAGGGUCCACACAGGAGAGAAACCCUACAAGUGCAGUGUGUGCGGCAAGGACUUUGCGUACAGUUCGGUUCUUCACACUCACCAGAGAGUUCACACAGGAGAAAAACCUUACAAAUGCGACGUGUGUGGUAAGGGCUUCAGUUACAGCUCAUAUUUUCAUUUACAUCAAAGAGAUCACUCAAGAGAGAAACCCUAUAAAUGUGAUGAGUGUGGUAAGGGCUUCAGCCGGAAUUCAGAUCUUCACGUUCAUCUCAGAGUCCACACAGGGGAGAGACCCUAUAAGUGUAAAGAAUGUGGUAAGGGCUUCAGUCGCAACUCAUAUCUUCUUGCUCAUCAGAGAGUGCAUUUAGACGAGACACAAUAUACAUGUCAUGAGUGUGGGGAGGGUUUUAGUUAUAUCUCAGACCUGCUUACUCAUCAAAGACUGCAUACAAGGACAGAAGCAUUAUAGAUGUAGUGAGGCAGGGUUCAACCAGGAAAACAGAAGCCGUUCUCUGUAUCCCAGGUGAUGAGAGGCUUACUUAGCCAUUGGAAGGGCUAGAGGAGCAAAGGUUAGAGACAUUGCCAUCUAUGAUGUCAACGUGUAGCACUGAAGUAGGUGAUUCUUAAGAGCAUUCCAGGGAACUCCUACAAAUCUCAAGAACCUCUGUAGCUCCCAUCAACUGUCUUCUUGGCAAAGUAAGUGAUCCUCUACAGUGGGCGGUUUGUGGCAGUAGCAAGAGUUAGAGGUCAAAUUGCCAUUAAAGGACAUGCAGGCAGUCCCUGUGUUAUGAACAUCCGACUUGCGGACAACUCAUACUUAAGAACGGACUGCCAUAAAGCCUAUUAUAUUAAAAAUUUGAGUUAAAUACGAUAGUUUCUAAUAAUACACACACUACUUUCUGACACUUAUGAAAACAUUGCAUGGUUUGGAAGUGUUUUAUAUGCAUAGAAAGGUAAAAUGUAUACUAUAUACUAAGGCAAACAUCUGACUGACACUAAAUGAGAACUGUAUGUACCUGUUCUGACUUCCUUACAAAUUCGACUUAAAGACAGAUUUAGGAACGGAUCUCGUUUGUAACCCAGGGAGUGCCUCUACCCAUGAAGGAGGUUUUAAUUGGGAUGAAUAUGGUAAGGACUUCAGUUUAGCUAAAGUCUUUAGGUUUUUGAGAGAGUCCAUACUAAAAAUAUACCCUUUGUGUGAAGGACAUUCAAAAGCGUGCUCAGAAAUGAAACACCCAUGUUAUUAGUGUUGUAAGAACAUUAGUCCAUAGUCAGGUUUUCAAAUCCAUUAGAUUUCUAUACAGGAGAGAAGCUCUAUAGGAGUGAUAAAAAUUUUAAGAGUGUGACAGAGACAGUGCUGUAUCUGUCACACUGGUUCCAUUUCCCGGGCACCUAGGAAGACUUCAUUUCCCAGCAACACUUGCAGUUAAGAGUGAGUCCAUGCUAUUGUGUUGCAGC